AUGGGCGAGCAAUUCGGCUUCACUCUUAGCGGAUAUAAGCCCGACAAACCACGGUCUCGCGUGCAAAAAACCAUUUCAGAGCGACGAAAAUCUGAAAAUACUCGGGAUCAGUUGGAGCCCCGCGUCGGAUGUUUUUUCGUUUCGUGUGCAAAUCAUCGGCGACUGCCCGCGGUCAAAGCGACUUAUUAUUAUAUCCUUUCGACCAUAGCAAAAUUAUUCGACCCGCUCGGCUGGGUAACUCCUGUAACGAUAAAGGCAAAGAUUUUCUUACAACUAUUGUGGCGUCUUAAAGCCGAUUGGGACGACGAAAUUCCGGAAGAGCUUUUCGAUAAAUGGCGCACCAUUUACCAUCACCUUACCGAAUUGAAUAAUCUCGAGCUUCCUCGCUGGAUAGGAACCGACGCGACCGCGACUCUCUCGGAGAUUCACGGAUUUGCCGAUGCAUCGUCAGUCGCCUACGCCGCUGUAGUCUACCUUAAAACUGUCUCGAAAUCCGGUAAGAUCACAAUCUCUCUCUUAACAGCGAAAUCUAAAGUCGCACCCGUAAAACCUCUGAGCAUACCCCGACUCGAGUUGUCAGCCGCGGUCCUUCUGUCCAGAUUGAUCUGUUUUGUUCAAUGCUCGCUUCGAGUUGAGAUUUCGCGUUGUGUCUGUUGGACCGACUCGACCAUUGUACUCGCGUGGCUCAAGCAGCAUCCAUCACAGUGGAAAACAUUCGUAGCAAAUAGAGUCAGCGAAGUUCAGGCUAAUGUUCCGGCCGCAUCUUGGCCCCAUGUGCCAACGCAGGAUAAUCCGGUCGACUGCGCAUCGCGUGGAUUGCUCGGCCGGGACUUGAAAGGGUUCAAGUUAUGGUGGCAAGGGCCGAACUGGUUACGGUGUUCGCCGGACAAUUGGCCGAAUAACGUCGCCACCGCUCAUUCCGAUGUAGAAAUGGAGCACAAAAGAGAGUUGUGCAUUCCGCUAUCCCGCUCCCGGAAUGGGACCUCAUAG